AUUUGUGUAUUAUAUGAUUUUCGUUUAGCUUUUGCUUUUGCUUGCAUUAAUUCAAUUUGACUGAAUAUCCGUUUCGCAUAAAUUAUUAUGUAUUUAUUGUUGCAUGUACACGGAUGAAUGUAGUCCGCCAGAUGAGCUUAAUUAGCAUUAUUCAUGCGACGCCAAGGCGAUUGGGAAGCGCAACUUGGAGAUGUGAGCUUUAAUAAUGCAAUCGACUCUAUAUUUAUUUUGCGUGUUGGCCUCUGGAGAGGACAGUGACUGAUGGGUUCACAACCACCUUGUUAUUUAAUAUGCUCGUAAAUAAAAACAAUAAUAAAUGUGAAAUGGAGUUGAGCGGAAAAUUAUUGCAAAAGUCAUAGGCUCUCCGACAGCAACACACAAUCGAAGCCUCUAUUGUUUUCUCAAGAAAGACCUUUUUUUCCAGCCGAAGCAGCAAUUUGAACAAACGAGCGUCGCCAGGCCGACCCCACGUAAAUGAUCUCAAUUUGAGACUUCGGCAAAUGGUAAAAACACAUAAGCGGACUCCUCAAACCCGAAGAGCGCGAGCUAUUUUAGACGACAAUUUACACUGCACCCUUCAACUGACAAUGCUAAUAGACUGGAGCCCACAUAAUUUCACUGAUGAGGAGGCUCAAGAUGUCAUCAACAAGACGAAAUCAUCUAAGUUUAUCGAUCCAGGUAGCAUAAACAAAUUGAUGCUAAGGACGGGAGUAAAAUAUCUAACCAAAGUCCUAAAUAUGUCGUUGACCACUCUUCCUAUACCUGAUGUGUGGAAAGUCGGAAGAAUGGUCCCACGACUAAAACCAGGGAAACCAUGGAAACCCGUCAAUCAAGGGAGUCUUAUUGUCCAAUAACUGUCCUUUCCAUAGUAGCAAAACUAUUAAUGCCUUUUUACGACUUCUGAGCCUAGCAGACCAUGAACAUGGUUCUGAAUCUAAAACCACCUGUGAGUGACAGUUCUAAUAGCAGUAAACCAUACAACGGUUCCACAUUCCCUCUAGGACUGAAGAUCCGUCUUAUUUCGAGAUCAAAAAUCUAAGUUAAAAAUAAUUAAGUAGGCUGAUUGCUAUAACUUUUUCAUUAAUUUAUUAGUUGCUAUAAAUCAUAAAUUUACUAAAUUUAAUUAAAUUUUUAAGUUUUCCAAAAGUCCAAGUCAGCAACUUUUCAUAUUACACACCAACGUUAAAAAUAUAUUCCGACGUUUAACAGUUGCAACCCUGUCUAAAAUAUCCAAACAGCUGUGACAAUCGACCGGCGACGCUGAAAACGAACUAUUUGUUAUUGUUAUUAUGUGAGACGUGAAUGAGCGAUUAUUAUAAUGAACUAACUUCUGCAAUUUGAAUAAUACAAAACGGGUCGACUAAUAAGUGUUAACGUUUGCAUUGAAGAAUAGUGCACAAAUUGGAAUAAAAUACGUAAAACUAAAGUUUUUGAAACAAAGCAUUUCAAAAGUAUUUAUUAAUAAUUUUAAACUCUAAUAUGAAUAUAAACAAAAAAAUAUCACGCGAUUAAGCGGCAUACAUUGAUACUUUAAGAUAAACACAACGACUGAAAUUUAUGAAUUGAUUUAUACAGGCUUUCACGCGAAAUAUACACAAUUACAGCUACGAAAGCCAUUGUGUUGACCACUGUCGCUGUAGCUGGACGUGUUUGUAUUCUAUUCCACUGUACACUUCUCUUCCGGUGUGCACAAUAAUACAGAAUAUUUUGAGCAUAUCCCAUCUAAAGUUCAAUUAAAGAAAAUUAAACAUUUUUGGAACAAAAUGGUUGCACAAUCAAAGUUAAAUCAAGUCUUCAGUUAUCAAUCUUGGAUACAUGCCGUGUCCGGAGCAGCUGGUGGCUGCAUUGCUAUGAGCACUUUCUAUCCACUUGACACGGUCCGCUCGCGUUUACAACUCGAAGAUCCAGAUAAAAAUGGCGAGGCGCGAAGUACCAUAAAAGUUAUUAAAGAGAUUGUAACUGGCGAAGGCUUUCAGGCAUUGUAUCGCGGUUUGGGACCGGUGUUGCAGAGCCUGUGUAUUUCAAAUUUCGUAUAUUUUUACACAUUCCACAGUUUAAAAGCUCUAACUGCAGGCAGUAAGCAACAGUCUGCUUUAAAGGAUCUAUUCCUAGGCACAAUUGCCGGUAUUAUUAAUGUAUUUUCUACCACCCCGUUUUGGGUGGUAAACACGCGUGUUCGCAUGCGUAACGUAGCUGGGACCUCAGAUGAUGUCAACAAGCACUACAACAAUUUGAUUAGCGGUCUGUUAUAUGUUGCCAAAACUGAAGGCAUUCGUGGUCUAUGGUCCGGUACUAUACCAUCACUAAUGCUCGUCUCUAAUCCAGCUUUACAGUUCAUGAUGUAUGAACUAUUGAAACGUAACCUGAUCAAGUUUACAGGCACUGAGAUAUCAAAUUUGGGUUUCUUUUUAAUUGGUGCACUUGCCAAAGCUUUUGCUACUAUACUCACAUAUCCUUUACAACUAGUCCAAACAAAACAACGCCAUCGCACAAAUGCCACUAAAGCGAACCAAACAGCUGCAGCAUCAAAUGACGCGAGCAUGAUGAAAAUUAUGUUGAACAUACUCCAACAUCGGGGCUUUAAGGGUCUUUUCCGUGGUUUGGAAGCAAAAAUAUUACAAACCGUCUUAACGGCAGCGCUUAUGUUCAUGAUAUAUGAGAACAUUUCUUCCACUGUGAAAGUGUUAUUAAAUAGGACACCUACAACGCUCAAAUAGAUUUAAAAGAUAUUCACUUUGUGGAUAUUCGUACAAGUAUAAUUUAUUUAUAUUCUAAUCUUUUCUUUGAUGGUGUAAUUAUUAUUUAUAUACAAUAUGUAUACUGAAUCGAAUGGGAUGAAAGUUCAAAAUUAAUUUUCAUUGAAAUAACGUGCAUAAAGUGAACU